GCCACUUUGAUAACAUGAAAGCAAUCAAUAUAUUCGCUUUAAGCCUACUGGGGCUGGCAGCCUACACACAGAGCGCCCCCAACGCUGAAACAGCCAAUGAGGUCCAGAUAGUGGUUGAUCCUUAUUUACGCUUGCAGCCAUCGGAUGAUCGCAGCGCUAACGGCAGUCGAAUCACAGUUGCCAUACCCAUGCAUCAAAAAUUCUUCUUGAGUCCUGUAAAGUUAAAUUGGUAUGAAGCCAAUUAUUAUUGCAGUUUGGCCAACUUGAAAUUGGUGUCGUUCAAUUCGCCAACCAUAGAAGCCGAAUUGAAGGGUUUUCUAAGUUUCUACGGUUUGAGUAACAAAUACUACUGGACCGCUGGCAAUCGUUUUACUACACAAAAGAACUGGGUGUGGGGCUUGAAUGGCUACAAUUUCAACAUCAAUCACUGGGCCGACACUGAACCACGUAACGCUACCGACAGUAACAAUUGUUUGGCUGCGGUGCUUAAGCGCGAACUAUGGUAUACAUAUGAUUGCAAUACUGAAAUGGAUUUUGUGUGCCAGAAAUAAUGGAACCCUUUUGAAUUUUACAAAUAUAUUUCACCUUAAACCUGUAAAAUCUAUUAGAAAUGCCAAUUAGAGUGUUAAUAAUAAAGCAAGGAUUAUUCGUA